CUAUCAGAGCGCACUUAAACAAUGCAGCGCUGAGACGGGGAGUAAAUUAAAGAGAUGAGAGCAUCCAGUACAGCUCUAGGCCACUAAAAUUUCUUCCGACUCGAGAUGUCAUCAAAGAAGUUUGCAGAUGCAAUAGCCAAGGCACAAAAUCACAAGCUGGGGAUUGACCCGAAGGCAGCUGCUCUGCUUGAACUUGAUUUUCUGGCUCGUGUGAACCAGUUCCCAAACUUAUAUGGUGGACCUGUAGUCAGACGUGCCAUUCAGCGAUAUGAGGAAUUAUGGUUGCCACUUGCUGCAAGGCUCAAAGGCCAAAAGAUUGCCGCUCCUCUUGACAUUGCCUGGGUAUGGCACUGCCACAUGCUGUCCCCACUCAAAUACAGAGAGGAUUGCAUGGCACUUGUAAACUCAGUCAUACACCAUCAUCUGCUCAGUGACCAAGAGAGAAGUGAUUGUUUGCUGAAGACCAAAGGUUUCUGGAUACAGGAAUAUGGUCCAGAUGUCCCAUUUGCAGUGGACUUGACAGAUGAUAUUUCACCAUCCUAUGAUUACCAAACAAAAUGUUCUUACAAUUUAGAGGCAGCCAUUGAAAGGCAGAGUGUGUUCUAUUAUCAGGUAUCCCUCCCCCAUUAUAGAUCCUGGACCUUCUUAGAGAAGGCUGUUCAGCGUUACAAAAUGUUUUUGUAUUUGAAACAACAAAAUCCUGAUGCCUUUCUUGUCCCCUGCUAUGACAUUGACCUUGUCUGGCAUGCACACCAGGUACAUCCAAACAUCUACCAAAUAGACACAGUCAACAUAUUGAGAAAAAUGCUAAACCAUGAUGAUACUGUUAAUGAUCGCAGCGAGGGAUCCAAGCUUGACAGAGCAAAUAAACUGACACGAAGACUUUGGCAGGCUUUAUAUGGUGUAAGCAUUGCACAACCUGGAUGUAUGUUCCGUGGUUCUCCACCAGAGGGGAAGAUUGUUGCCAUGACGACUGCACAGGUCAGCAGUAUCACCUCCAAACACACUCAUGUCACCAUCACAAAGGCAGAUGCCAUCAACGUACCACCUAGCACCAGAGAAGGGAAAGUCAAAAUUUUCCUCUGUAAGCUUUCUUUACCCCUUGGACCCUCAAAAAAGGUCUUCAAGAGAGCAUGCAAGCACAUUGUGUCAUUUAAAAUACCGUCUGGCAGCUUUAAGGGGAAGCGUUUUUUCUAUGACACAGGGAAGCACCCAUACCUUAUUCUCCAGGCCAUUGACACAACAAGGACAUGGUGUGGCUGUGGUGGGGAGGAGAUUGGGCUCAGUCAGCACCUUCUGGCAUAUCUUGUAGAGGAGCACCUAGGGAAGUACCACCAUUUUUCUCUGACUGUUAGGUUUCCAGAAGAAGAACUCGCCAAACCAGACAUUAAUGAGAAAUACAAAGCUUUGGUCUCUCCACAGAAUCCUGUCACCAAGGAGCUGUUUGGUAACAAUAUGGAUGCAAACAUGAAGGAUAUUGAAGGAGCCCUAAAAAUCUCUAACAAGGAGGGAAGAACCAGAGAAGUCAAAGAUGGUGGCCCAGUCAUGAUAAAAACCUUUGAUGUGGUUGAAGAAGCUGCAUGGCCUAUAGUCAGAUGUAAACUUUGUCUGGAGCAAAAAAGGAUGCAAAUAAACUCUGUCAGAAAGACGGCCUUGCGUACUAGUAAAGAGAAGAUUAUGGAAGAUUAUAAUGAUGAUUUGGGUGAAUAUGUCAUAGAAAUUGAUCAUGAUGUGCAGCUCGAAAUUUCUUCAGCUCCCAAAGAGUACAAGAGAUGCCAGAAACAAGCCCUCAAAGGAUUUAAAGGAGUUAGUGUCAUUAAAGACAACAUACUUGUUUAUGGCAGAAGAGAUACUGGAGGGGAAGCCGAGAAUGAUCCUGAUGAAAAUCUACAUGCACUUCUAGAAUGUGCUCGAGAGGUUGGCUUAAAGUUCAACCCCAGGAAGAUGAAGUACAAAAUGACUGAAGUUGCAUACAAGGGACACCUCUUCACUGCAACUGGAGUUAACCCAGACCCAUCAGAGAUCGAUGCUAUUCUUUUUUAA